AUGCAAACAAUGGAUUAGGCCCACGUGACUCGAUAGUAGGUUAAUUACUCAAAUGACUCUGUCAGUUUGAAGCAGCUCCAAUUCUGAUUUACUUAAUAUUGUUGUUGCAAAUGACUGAUGCAGUUGACAAACAUGGGACGAAAACAAACCCAUAGCAGGGAAUAUUGUGGAGUUAAUGAAUAUCUGUGAAAUCAGCGGGCUGUGUCCCGACGCAUAUCUCUGUGUCCAGCCUCGCGGUUUUACCUGACAAAGCCCUGAAAGCUCAUAUAUUUAAAGCCUUUCACCAGACGUCAGUCAGGGCGGAUAACAGCACAAUCUGAAGCCCGUCAAACAUCUCCGGGACUCUCCGUGCGGUGACUCCCCGCCUGUGGAAGGUCCUCCCGCACUGCGAGCGGUGCUGUGUCAAGGCUGUUUUUACUGCCUGCUGCUGCUGCUGCUAUGUAGCGUCUGGUUUUUUUUUAAAUCUCCAUUUUAGACAGAACUGACGCAUCAGUGGGCUUCAUGACUGGGACAGUGUGCCGGGGUCUGGUCCGCUACUGAUGGCUCCUGUCUAUCAAUAACAGGCAGGUAACGCCGACAAGAGUUUCCUCAUUACUGAAUCUGAGUGUGACCUGGGAGAUGGAUAGACUGAGCCCAGGAGAGAAGCGGGCAGACACUAACAGGACUGUGGCCUCCACCACCACCCCCACCACAUCAGCAGCCGUCACCAUGGCAACAGUCAGCCCCAGCAGCAGCACCACCACCACUUGCACCCAGCCGCCCUCAACUUCCCUCAGCAUCAUCUCACCCGACAGACAGGCAGUCCAGGUUAUCCAGCACGCCAUCCACAGACCUCAGAGCAUGGCGGCCCAGUACCUGCAUCAGAUGUACGCAGCCCAGCAGCAGCACCUCAUGCUGCAGACAGCGGCCCUGCAGCAGCACCAGCACACGCCCCACCUGCAGAGUCUGGCCACCAUACAGCAGGCUUCAGUCUGUCAGAGGCAGUCACCUUCAUCAUCCAGCAGCGGUUUGCUUCAUCAGCCUGCUGGUGUUUCCCAAAACUCAAUUACCUUGCCGGCAUCUCAAGUGACGGCCCAGCUCAUUGGCCGGACUCAAACGUCCAGCUCUACCGGUGCUGCAGCCACAAUAUCCCAGCAGGCCAUGCUCCUGGGAAACAGACCGCCCAACUGUAACCAAGCUCAGAUGUACCUUCGCACUCAGAUGCUCAUUCUCACCCCUGCAGCCACGGUGGCUGCAGUUCAGUCAGACCUCCCUGCUGUCACCUCCUGCUCCUCUUUACCUACCUCCUCUCAGGUGCAGAAUCUAGCUCUGCGCGCUCACCUACCUGGAGCUCUGGCUACAGCCCACGGUGUGAUUUUAAAGCCAUCCACCCAGUCCCAAACCCUGACCCCGGCCGCAUCUUUAUCCAAGACGCCAAUCUGCUCUCUGAAGACCAACCAGCUGACGGACACCUCAACAGAAACAGGACCGGCUGAUGUCACCCGGCUGGCCUCAGGGCCUAAGAUUAUAACCCCAGCCUACUCUCCAGUACAGACCCACGCUCUUGUCAAGCAGCAGCUGUCCUGUCCACCGGGCCAGCGGGUGGCGCACCACCAGCUCAUCGUCCAGCAGGCCGCAGGAGGAGCUCCAAACCACAGACAGCUCCAGCCCAUUGCCCUCAGAGUCGCACCUCAAGACACUAACUCCAACCCUCUCCCCCUUUCAAUUAAAAGACUGACCAGCAAUCAGUCCCAAAACAACAAUGACUCCCGAGCCCCUUCUUCUUCUUCUUCUUCUUCUUCUUCUUCUUCCUCCUCUGUCACCAGCGCGUUUGCAUCCUCAGCUCAGACCUCAAUUCCAGCUGCCACCGUUCAGCCUCAGCCUCCUCCUCUAGUGGCCGCUCCGCAGCGUCGGACCUCAUUCCCACAAGUACAGAACCAGCGUCCACCUCCUCCUCCACCUCUGGUUCUCCCCAAACUGCCCCAGAACCCCCCAGCCUCCCUCCAGAGGCUAUCCCUGCACUCGGUCCAGGCUUUGGCCGUCCAGUCGGGACGGGUGAUGCUGACGGAGCAGGAGCUGCCUGUAGCGGAGGCUCUUGUCCAGAUGCCCUACCAGAACCUCCCACCUCCUCAGACGGUGGCUGUUGAUCUGAAAGUGCAUCCGGUCAGACGCAGUGAAACUCCAUCGUCGGGGCAAACGUGCAAAGUGAACGGACUGAUUGCUGAGGGGAGGAAAGAGGAACGUCCCCACAGUCCACAGAGAGACAGGACCCCAAAACCUCUCAGUGGGCCUCCUAAACAGAACGGUUCAGCAGUGAUGGGCUCAUCCUCCAUCAUAUCCAGUCACUCGGUGAUCAGGUCACCAGUGGUGGAAGAGCCGUCCCAGCUCACCACAACCAGCAGCAACAACAGCAGCAACCCUCCUCCUCCGUCUCCUCCUCUACCUCCUCCCAUCAUGCCUGCAGCAGUACGAGGCCCCAGUCAGCCCCCCUCAUCUCCAGCCAGCGUCCCAGGGAGCCCCGAGAGGAUACUCACCACACACGUCCUUACACACCUCGUAGAGGGCUUCGUUAUCCGGGAGGGCCUGGAGCCAUUCCCGGUGGUGCCCUCAUCAUUGUUAGCCGACCAGCAGGCUUCACUUCCUGAAUGUCAGGAGAUACAAACCAACGGGGACGCAGCUGCAGAGGACAGUCCGCUGGAUGCUGACCAGUCGGAUUCGACUGACUCGGAGAUGGAAAACGACGGCCCUGCAGCAGAUGUUGCAGAGCUGGGGGAGAGCGUGGCAGACAUGCUGCAGUGUGAGUUCUGUGGCAGCAGAGGUUACGCUCACACGUUCCUGCGCUCCAAACGCUUCUGCUCCAUGACGUGCGUCAGAAGGUUCAGUGUGAGUUGCACCAAGCGUAUCACCAUGCUGAGGGCCGGUCGCUGGGGUCACAGGCCUGCGGGCAGGAGAGGUCGACCCCCCAGCAGAGUCAACGGAGCCUCCAGAGAACAUUUUCGGAGACAGGCGCGUGGGUCGUUCGGCUUGGAGGAGGCCCAGGAAGACCAGGAGGAAGAGGAGGACGAUGAGCCUCCUGUCCCCAUGACAACCAGGCUCCGUAAACAGGCUGAGAGAGUGCGAGAGAGGGAGCAGGAGAGGGAGGAGGAGGAGAGGGAGCAGGAGAGGGAGGAGGAAAGGGAGGAGGAGGAGGAGGAGGGGGAGGAGGAGCAGGCGAUGACAGAAACAAUCACUGUCUCUGACGGAGAAGAAGACGACAGCUGUCCGUCUCAGUGGAACGUAGAACAAGUGUUUUCCUACAUCAACUCCCUGCCAGGUGGUCAGGACGUAGCCGAAGCGUUUCGCUCCCAGGAAAUCGACGGGCAGGCUCUGCUGCUCCUGACAGAGGACCACCUGGUCAGCACCAUGAACCUUAAACUGGGACCUGCACUGAAACUCUGCGCCCACAUUAACUCUCUGAAAGACGCAUAAACAGUUCACAUUCCUGCUCUCAAAGAAUGGAUUUGUGCUGAUCCGGAUCAGGAUGAAGCACCGUCCAUCUUUUAAGUUCUCUCACCUGGACUUGGACUCAUACAAAGAGCGGCUCGUGAAUGCACAGCCCGACGUUUUUUGUUUUUUUUUCUUCUUCUUUUUUUCUUGACACCACUGCCGGAGAUUUCACUCCUGACGCCUCCAGCUGUUCCAGCUGUUAGUCCACACACUGUCUGAGCUGACUUCAACACACAGACGAUCAGCUCUCUCUGUCUCCUCUCAUUAUCCCAUCGUAGUGAUUGUAGCAGUUUGAGUCCGGUUAUCCAUUUGUUUCAAAAUGGUUUUAAAAAGUCCUUUGUAUCAUUUGUAAACAAACAAACAAACAAAAAAAAAAGACUUUAAAGUCACACAUAAUUGUAUAAUCUCAAAGUUUACAAAAACAGAAUAUGACCUGCUAUCUUUCAGAUGACAUUUGAUACACUUAUCAGCAAACACACAGCUGUUUGACUUCUGGAAACAAACAGAUGACAAGGUUGUUAUUUAUGAAUUAUUUAUUAUUGCCAUGGUUAAUAUACAAAUAAAAAUGUGAAAAUAUUGUG